AUGGGUGCAUUUUGCAGUUUGAAGAAUUUGUGUGAAUAUGAAACUUCUAAAGUUGUCCGUUUUCAGAGCGUUUCCUAUGGGAGUUUGAAAUGGACCUUCCAUAUGGUUGUCUUCCUGUAUGUUUGUUAUGUGCUUGUCACUGACAAACGGUAUCAGAAAAAGGACUCUGUGAUCAGCUCAGUUCAUACUAAAGUGAAAGGAGUAGUUCAGACUGACUCAAGAAUCUGGGACACAGCCGAAUACACUAUUCCCAUGCAGGGAAUAGACUCUUUUUUCGUGAUAACCAACAUAAUUAUGACGGAAAACCAGUUUCAAAGUGUUUGCCCUGAGUACCCCAUUGCCAAAGCUGUCUGCUCUUCAGAUGUGAGCUGUGAAAAAGGACACAUGAACCCCCAGAGUAAUGGAAUUCAGACAGGAAGAUGUGUGAAGUAUAAUGCAACAAUUAAAACCUGUGAAGUCUCUGCCUGGUGCCCUGUGGAAUCAAUGAAAGGUGCCCCAGUGCCUGCCGUUCUGAAGAGCGCUGAAAACUUCACAGUGCUAAUAAAGAACAAUAUCCACUUCCCAAAAUUAAAUCACACUGCAAGAAACUUUUCACCAAAAUUGAAUAUUUCGUGCACAUUCAACAAGAUAACUGCACCAGCCUGCCCAAUUUUCCAGCUGGGAGAUAUUCUCCGAACAACAGGAGAAAAUUUUUCAGAGAUGGCAAUUCAGGGCGGAAUCAUGGGCAUUGAGAUUAACUGGGAUUGUAACCUGGACAAAUGGUUCCACCGCUGCAGUCCAAAGUACAGUUUUCGUCGCCUUGAUGACAAAACGACGACUGAAUACCCUGGUUACAACUUCAGAUUCGCGAAGUACUACAAACGGCCCAAUGGGCAAGAGGAGCGGACGCUGAUCAAAGCCUAUGGGAUACGAUUCGAUAUCCUCGUCUUCGGCACAGCUGGACGGUUUAACAACUUUGAGCUGCUGGUGUACAUCGGGUCUGUGCUGUCCUACUUUGGCUUGGCUCAGUUCGUUAUUGAUUUUCUUAUUACUUCAUACACUUAUCCCUGCUGCAAAGCAUCCAUCAAGGAAUAUUACUUCAGGAAGAAGUGCGAGUCUGCUCUGGGGCCAAAAUGGACCCUGAUGUACGUGUCAUAUGUUGAUGACCCGCACAUUAUUCUGGUAGACAAACCGUUGAGCACAAGUCUGCAGAAUGUUAAAGGCGAGAUUGUUCAGUUGCCGAGAGACAAUGGGGCUUUUACUGACACGACCAAGCUCGCAGCACAAUGUUCCAACCGGGUCCCUGUCUUAGCAAAAGCCCAUGAGAUGCAACCCCUUAAAAGCGAAGGGCAAACUUCUCCAUCCCACGACCGCCCUUCUUGGUGCUGCUGUGGGAAAUGCCACCAAACACAGGCUUUCCGGGAGCAGCUCUGCUGCCGAAGAAAAGAAGGGUCAUGCAUUACAACCUCGGCUUUGUUCGAGCAGCUCGUUCUUUCCAGAUCAGCACUGGAGUUUAUCCUGCUUUACAAAGAGCCCUUGUUGGACUUGAAUUCUGAGACCCUCAAUAACCAGCUUCGUCACUGUGCUUACAGACAGUAUAUUCACUGGCGUUUUGGCUCUGCUGAGGUGGAGAGCAGUGCCCUGAUACCAAGUUGCUGCAGGUGGAAGAUCAGAGAAACGUAUCCCAGUGAGGACGGCAAGUAUACUGGUUUAGAGAGGAAGAACUAA